AGAGCAAUGUGAAAAUGAGAAUGACUCUCACGUUGUUGAUUACAAGUAUCUCAUACAGAGACUUGGUUAUCACCUGUAGCAGCAGCGACUGCGGCAGAAGCGGCGGCAGCGGCGGCAGCACUUGCCUGUGGGCAACUGGCCUGGAGUUUCAUGAUAGAUUCAUUUUGUCGGCGGUAUUGAUCGGAUGUCUGCCGCAGUUCACUGGGGAUUUAAUUUAUUUCAAAUAGAUUACUUAUAUAUCCAGUGAAGUUAACUUGUGAGCUUGCUCAAGUGUUUAAUCUUUAAAGUUUAUUUAAACAUGAGACGUGCGAGCAAAGCUGAGGAUACCGAACACAUGGUGUCCUCCUCGCGCAAGUCCCUUACCAGCAUACAAGCUGCUGAUAAUUACUCAAAUGGAGCUACAAGCCGACAGGAGCAGGAAAAGAGCGACAUUGCUGGCGAUGAACAGGAAGACUUGGGUUAUAUGCAUACGCUGAUGUAUGGCCGUUACUCCAGAGACUUGCAACAUUUUGCUGGCGAAGAGGCACGCAGGCUGAAGAAGCUGGCCAAGUUGCGUAAACAGGAAGAUAAGCUUAGAAGUCAGUUAUUUGAACUGGAACAAAAUCGUUGCACACGUCUGCAUAGCCUCUCAGCAUGGACAUCUCAAUGCAUAAUGGAUCGUUUGGCCAAGGAUUGGAUAUUUCUCACAGUCUGCGCCAUAAUAAUGGCAUUGAUAAGUUUCUUCAUGGAUGAGGGUAUACGUAUAUCCUACGCAGUGCGCUUUUGGCUGUAUAACGACGUUGCCGGAGAUCUUUUUACAAAGUAUCUUGCUUGGGUUAUAUUGCCCGUAUUCCUGGUCGUAUUCACUGCCGGCUUUGUGAAUCACUUGGCACCUCAAGCGGCUGGCUCUGGUAUACCCGAAAUGAAGACAAUUCUACGUGGUGUGCAUCUCAAGAACUAUUUGUCAUUCAAGACGCUGGUAGCCAAAGUGCUGGGUUUGACUCUCGUCUUAGGCAGUGGCAUGCCUUUGGGCAAAGAGGGUCCGUAUGUGCACAUAGCUAGCAUUGUGGCGGCUUUGUUGAGCAAACUGGCCACGCCCUUUCGCAAAAUCUAUCAGAACGAGUCGCGCAAUACGGAGAUGUUGGCAGCUGCCUGCGCCUUGGGCUUGGGCACUUGCUUUGCAGCGCCCAUUGGAGCUGUGCUCUUUAGCAUUGAGGUAACCACUUCAUACUUUGCUGUGCGCAAUUAUUGGCGUGGCUUCUUUGGCUGCGUCAUUGGCGCUGCGGCAGUGCGUCUGAUUGCCAUUUGGUUCCAGGGUGCGGAUACUGUGACCGCAAUUUAUCCCACGCACAUUGCUACAGAGUUUCCUUUUGACUCCAGGGAGCUAAUAUUCUUUGCAUUGACGGGCGCACUCUGUGGCCUGCUGGGCGCAUCCUUUGUGUGGAUUCAUCGACAUUACGUGCUUUUCAUACGCUCCAGCCAGUUGCUUAACAAGUUUCUCAAAAAACACCUGCUGAUAUAUCCAGCCAUUAUUUCGCUGAUUAUAAGCACGCUCACUUUUCCCUUGGGCUCGGGACAAUUUCUGGGCAGCGAGCUGUCGUCGGAGGAGCAGCUGACAGAGCUGUUUAGUAACUUCACCUGGACACGCACGGACCACAAUGUUGAGGAGGCGCACAUUGUUUCGCAUUGGACAACCAAGUAUAGCAAUGUCUUUGGCAAUCUUAUCUGCUAUACGCUCUUCCAUUUCUUUUUCUCCAUAAUUGGUUCCACAAUGGCUUUGCCACAUGGCAUGUUUAUACCCGCCUUGAAGAUUGGCAGCGGCUUUGGUCGUCUGAUUGGCGAAUUUGUGGCUUGGAUGUUACCACAGGGAGUACGCUAUGGUGGCUGCAUGUCACCCAUAAUGCCAGCUGCCUAUGCCUUAGUUGGCGCAGCUGCAUUCUCCGGCUCCGUAACGCACUCCUUGUGUGUUGCUGUUGUAGUCUUUGAAAUCUCCGGGCAGAUAGCCUUUGUGGUGCCCGUGCUGGUGGCGGUGCUGGUGGCCAAUGCGGUGGCUUCUAUGCUGCAGCCUUCGAUGUAUGAAAGCGUCAUUAUGAUCAAGAAGCUGCCCUAUCUGCCGGAUCUGCUCUACACCAAUUCGAAUCUCUAUGGCAAGUGUGUCGAGGACUUUAUGGUGCGUGAUGUCAAAUACAUUUGGCAGAACAUGUCAUAUCUGCAGCUCAAGGAGGUUUUGCGCUUAAACAAGAAACUGCGCUCUCUGCCGCUGGUGGACAGCAAGGAGAAUAUGAUACUACUAGGCUCUCUGCAGCGCUCUGAACUAGUGAAACUCAUUGAGGAGCAGGUGGGACGCGAGCGGCGCAUGCAGACGGCUCAGAUUUGGCGUGAAGAAGAACUUAAGGAGGAGCAGUCGCAACGACGUCCUUCGCGUUUUGAAGUUAUUGUCACAAAGGAUGAGCUCACGAAGCAACGUUCAACAGAUGAUCUGGAUCUGAGCCGCAACUCCUCUAAUGAUUCGCACACCACAGCAGGCAGUUCCAAGAGUGUGCAUUUGUGCGGCAAUCGCGUGGUGGACAUGUCGCCGGAGGGCAAAAAGCUGUGGGAGCGUGACCAGUUGGCACAGCAUAUUGACUUUAGAAAUUCAUCAACACGCAUUGAUCCGUCACCCUUUCAACUUGUGGAACGCACCUCGCUGCUUAGAGUGCACUCGUUGUUCUCCAUGAUGGGCGUUAAUCAUGCUUAUGUGACAAAAAUUGGACGCCUAGUCGGCGUUGUAAGUCUUAAGGAGGUCUGCCAGGCCAUUGAGGACAUCAACAAGCAACGCUUUGAGCAGCCGCCUCCAGCUCCCGAUCCCGAUGCGAAGCCCUUGCUGGCAGCCAGCUCCAGUGAUGAAGCUGUUCACACUGCCACAAGCACCAACAUGCCAACGAGCAACCAGGAGGUUCAUACCAAUAUUACAAUAGAUCAAAAUGCUGAAAGCAAAUCAAAGUAGUUUUUACUAGUUAGUUAAACACACAUUGUUGACAAUGGAGCAGGACUCAAACUACAAUAUACAUUUAAGAAUAUAAUUAACAUACAUUGAAAUAUACUCAACUUUCAAAAAGGAGUUCUGUGCACUAAUAAAAUUAGGCAAUUUUUAAAAUUAUAUG